UGGAGUUUAGUAUGGAAGGAAGAAGAUCAUCAACUUCAUCUUCGUACAAUCGUAGUCGUUAUCAGUUUGAAGAUAAUGAGGAUGAAAUAAAGAAAGGACCAUGGAAAGCAGAAGAAGAUCAAGUGUUGUUAAAUCAUGUGAAGAAAUAUGGUCCAAGAGAUUGGAGCUCCAUUCGAUCCAAAGGUCUUUUGCAACGUACUGGAAAAUCUUGUCGUCUUCGUUGGGUCAAUAAACUUCGACCCAACUUAAAGAAUGGAGUGAAGUUUUCAGCGGAGGAGGAGACGACAGUGAUUGAACUUCAGGCACAAUAUGGGAACAAAUGGGCAAGAAUUGCAACAUAUUUGCCGGGGAGAACUGACAAUGAUGUUAAGAAUUUUUGGAGUAGUCGACAGAAGAGAUUGGCUAGGAUUUUGCGAGCAUCAGCACCACAACCUGCAAAGCCACAGAACAACGACAACAACAACAAUAACAACGAUAGCCAAAAUGAUGUUUUUCAAGAUUCUCCUCCAAUAGAGGCACCAAAAUUCAGCUCAUCAACAGAUCAAGAAGAAUCUUUAUCCAAGUCACAAUCAUGUUCAUCUUCCUAUAUUGAUAACUCUCAUAACAUGAUCAACAUGGUCCCAUUGGCAGAGCUAGUGAAUCCAAAUUCCAUUGCUUUUGAAUCAAACCUGCUUCAACUUGAUUUCACUCCAAAUGACGAGAAACUUGGAAUAGAAUCAUCACAUAUUCAAACUGACUUUGCUCUGCCUUUGGAAAAUCAAGAAUUCAACAUGCCUAACUUCAUUGAUGUGUUUGGACAGUUCAAUGGUUCUGAAUUAGAUAAUUUGCAAGUCCCAUUUGUAGAGAGAUCAUGUUGUGACAAUAUUGUGAUGAGAGAGAUUGACAAGCCACUUACUCCGGAUAGCUUCAUUGAUGAUUUUCCUUUGGAUAUGUUUGAUCAUAUUGAACCUCUGCCUAGUCCGUCUGAGUGGUGAUUUAGUCAUAAUUUGUUGCUAACUGUAGCUGCUGAUUACUAUUUAGUUUUCUUUAAUUUGUGGAAAGACUACCAUGGCAAGCCCAUUAUUUGUAAAAGAAUAUUUGA